AUUACAAUAAAUCCCCAAGCCAUAAUCCCCCCUUGGACUGUCUUGGUGCAAAGCCAAGACAUAAAUCAUGUCUCCCGGAAGGGGGAGGACGUAUCACAGGCAUGGCACAGCGAGCUGAAAUCUCUGAAACCAACUGGCCUUCACGUCCUAUGAGACAGAGAAGCUCUUCUACCCCUGUAUACGGGAGGAAACAGGACUGGACAACCGUGAAUAGGAAGAUUAACAACAAACCUCCAAAACAACUGAAUGUGAAACUGCAGAACAGAUUUGCUCCACUAUCAAAGGACCCUGGAUCUAUAUCGGACAACUAUCCAUCUAUAAGUAGCGAAGUAAGGUCUGAAAAUCUGUUGAAAAGUAAAAGGCCACAGGGAAAGCUAAAGGCUAGGCCUGAAACUCUGAUUGUGGGUGACUCUGCCGUAAAGGAUGUACAAAGGAUGAGCGGGUCAAACGAUGUGUCCAAACAACAGUCGGAGGUUCUGAAACAGAACUUUACUGGAUUAUUAAAUACUGUAAACUCUCUGAAUGCAGCUGUAUUCAUCAGUGGACCUGUACCGCCCGUCAGAGGAGGAGAUGAGAGAUUCAGCAGGUUGUUUGCACUGAAUAAAUGGCUUAUAUCAGCAUGUACUGACCACUCAGUGCAUUUUAUCAACUAUUUUAAUAUUUUUUGGGAAAGCAGGCAUCUGUUUGAAGCAAAUGGAUUUAAUUUUAACAAGUCAGGGGUGAAACUGUUCACCUCCAACUUGUUUUAUUCCAUACGUCAUCCAUCUGUGCUUGGUGCCAAGGCUGAGAUAAAUGAGGAGUUAUCUCAUAAAGAGGAACAAACAGUACUCCAAGAACAGACAAAGCCCAGCAGAAACCUUGAGGAGGAGCUCCAUCUGCCCCCAACCGGAAGAGCUUCAGAAAGGAGAGACAUCUGAGGCAAGAACAGGGGUCCCUAUUUGCCUCCAACUCUCUCAACAACACUAACAACCAGGACCAGGGAGCACGACCUUCCCCAGUCCCCCAAACCCCUGACAGGCCAUACCCUCCUCCCCCUCCCUUUCUCCCUCCUCCUCACACCUGAAAUUCACUGAGGAGAUGAUGGAGCGGGUCAGUGCUGGGCUCAGAUCUACCCCCCGGCCCAAUCCCUUUUUGUCCCCCAUAAACCCCCCACCAGAGCAGCCAAAGGUUUGCCAUCGAGUCCCGCCCUCAACAGAGCAAUCGAAGUUACAUUGCCCAGCCUCGACCCCCUUAGUUCCUCCUUACCACCUUCACACUCUGUCACCGCAGUCUGAUGUGUGAUGUGUGGAGGGUCCGGGCAGCGAGGAUUAUGGCAGUGGUGACUUUUCCCAGGAGAAGCUGGGACCCUUUUUACUAGAAGCUUUUAAAAUUUCUGUACUUUUAGGUGACAGAAGGAGACAUGUGGCCUGGUCAAAACACAGAGAGCUGCACUCUAAAAGAUCUUUAAAUAUAGUAAACAUACCGUG